ACGAUCCAACGAGGAUUAUCAAGUAUCAACGCUUCUUUUACUCCUUCCUAAAAUUAUAAAACUGAAAAAACCAACUCUCUCUCCCUCUUUCUCAGUGAGUCAAAAACCAACUGUAAAAGAGAUCGUAUACACACGUUUAUGGUAGAAAGAGCUAGAGGAGAGAAGAAGAUUUGAAGAGACGACUGAAGAAGAGAAAGCAAAAAGAAAAAGAGACAAAGAUGGAGGUCUCUCUCUCCGUCGGUCCUGACCGAGCCAUCGUCUACGGCAAAUCGUCGAGGUCCGUCUCGGUUCAACCCUUCUGUCGUCGAACGGCAACAAUAGCGCAGCUGGGAAGCACCAACAACAACCGUUUAUGGGGUAUGGUCCUUCCCUCCCGGCGCACAUUAGCCAGGGCUUCCACACUCGUCCUCGCCGCUUCCAGAGCUGACGACUCCGCUCCUUCCGAGAUGUCUGUCGAAAACGCUCUGAAACUACUCGGUGUCUCCGAAGGGGCUUCCUUUGACGACAUCCUUCGCGCCAAGAAUUCUAUCCUCUCUUCCUGUAAGGACGACCAGGAAACUGUGGCCCAGGUGGAGGCUGCAUAUGACAUGUUGCUUAUGCAGAGCUUAACACGGCGUCGGGCAGGAAAGGUUGUAAAUAGCGGCAUACGUUAUGCUGAUGUGAAACCUGUAAAUGCUAUGCCUCAAUGGUUACAAGCUACAGUCAAGAAUGUCCCAGUUUCAGUUGAAACACCAUCUACAGGCAGCUUGGCUAUACAAGCAGGGGUAUAUGGAGCAUUAAUGGGCUUAGCAUAUGCGAAUGGAGCCUCAACAUCAGUAGGGUCAUACUCUGGGGCUAAUGUUCCUGGGAUCAUCUUAGCUACAAGCUUUGGAGCUUCAUUAUACUUCUUGACAAAAAAGAAUAUUAACCUUGGGAAGGCCACUGCAAUAACUAUUGGGGGCCUUGUCAUUGGUGCAGCCGUGGGCUCAGCAGUUGAAUACUGGUUGCAGGUAGACAUUGUCCCAUUUCUUGGCAUACAUUCUCCUGCCGUAGUAGUAAGCGAAUUCAUACUUUUCUCACAGCUUUUGACCUCCUUGUACCUAAGAUAGUCUUUAGAGCAGUAAUCAUCUUAUCUUGAAACUCUGAUGUUUGUAAGUAUUAUUGCAACUGCCGGGCGGUGUAUUCUUUGGCCCAAUCCUAUAAAUGUUGCUCUUUCUUACCAUGUAUGAUUAUCAUGGGAAAUACAAAAAUGCAACAAGGCUUGCAUCAUUAACAGAUUUUGCUCAUAAAAUGCUGGCAAAUAUUUAUAGCUAUUACGUCAUUUUUGUUCA